CAAUCGUCUUCUCACCUUUGACACUAGGCUUAGCUUCGAUGCGCCGCCAUUUCUGAGGUUUUUGUCUGGAGAAUUUCUAAGAUUUCUGGUACUCCUUAAAGACAUUCAGGAUGGAGGAGGUCGUAGCGAGUGUCGGAGGGAUCAGGUUUGAGAUGGAGAUCGCUAUAGAGGAGCAGAGAGGCUCACAGCCGCUACCCUUCCCCGGAAUGGACAAAUCUGGUGCUGCAAUUUGUGACUACUUUGUGCGGGGGAGCUGUGUGAAGGGUGCGAGCUGCCCGUUCAGACAUGUCCGCGGGGAGAAGAGUGUCGUGUGUAAACACUGGCUGCGGGGGCUGUGUAAGAAGGGAGACCAGUGUGAGUUUCUACACGAGUAUGACAUGACCAAGAUGCCCGAGUGUUACUUCUAUUCAAAAUUUGGAGCUUGUAGUAAUAAGGAAUGUCCGUUCCUACAUAUUGAUCCUGAGUCUAAGAUUAAAGACUGUGCCUGGUAUGACAGGGGCUUCUGUAAACAUGGUCCACACUGUAAGAACAGACAUGUCAGAAGAACCAUGUGUAUGAACUACAUGGUAGGCUUCUGUCCCGAGGGGCCCAAGUGCAAGUACAAGCAUCCCAAGUUUGAUCUUCCAAUAUCUGACACUGCGACAAAGAAGACGUCUAUAGUUUGCCAUCACUGUGGUGAGAGUGGGCACAAAGCAAUCGGCUGUCCCAGUAACCCCAAUGCACAGCCCGAAGCACAGAACUUUACGUCUCCCUCCCACGGUCCUGGAUACCAGUUCCGACCACGAGAGGAGCGCGGUCCUGCUGGACAGUACAGACCGCUGGAGUCCGUCACAUGUUUCAAGUGUGGAGAAAAAGGCCACUAUGCCAACAAGUGUCCCAAGGGCCACCUGGCAUUCCUCAGCACCUCCUUACACCCCGGUCAGCACGGCUCACCUGGUCAUCCUCCCCCAACAAGACCACCUGGACCUCCACCCCCAAGACCUAUGGGCCCUCCUCCACAAGUACCAUCCUGAUAGGGAAAAAAACUGAACUAAAAAGACAUGUACAAAAAUUGUAUAUACAUUUGUAUACAGAAGAAUGUCAUACAGUUUAUAGGACUGAUUCUCACACACUUGGCGGAUUUGACCAACUGUGAGCCAAUCAGAAAAUUGCCUUAAUGUUUUCUUGAGGAAAAGCAGAUUCUCUGAUUGGCUGACAGCUGGUUACAGGCCACGCCUACAGAAGUGGAAACGUCAGCCCUGUUUAGCAGACCCUCCAUAAGGUGUAUUGUAUAGGCCACAGGCAAGGAGAAUGUUUAACAGUACCCUUAUGUCUUUUCAUUUCCUCCCAGAAGUAUAUGGUUGUAAAGCGAUUCAGACAGUACAGAAUAUCGGUUGCCCAUCAAAUUACAUGGCACUACUACUAUUGGGUAGACUGUAACUGUUAAACAUGGUGCAUUCUUCUCCAGACUGCAGUUGUUAAUCUAUAUAUAUGCAACACAUUGUAUACAUCAAUAAAUUCUUACAACUCGGCUGCAGUACCUUUCUAUCCUGCUAGAAGGCAUGCAUACAAUGUGCAUUAUGCACUGGGUUAUCAAGGGGUAAAAUUGGAUUUAAGACGUCUGCAGCUAUUUCUUGGUAAAUGUGUAUGUGGCAGCUGUGGCCAAGAUUAUAACACAUUUCUACUUGGACAAAGACAUUGAUGUAUAGCAAUUGUCUACUCUUGAUACAAGGGAGGUAACUAGGAAAUGACAAAUAAAGUAUGACAAGCUAUAGACCAAA